CUAUACACAACAUUGGUCUGGACAGCUAUAAUGGCAUGUCAUCCACACCUACUGACACCACUUUUCGAUCUAGUCAUUUGCAGUCGCAACCAUCUCCGUCUGCCACGCCCAGUGAGGAUGAGUCCUCUGCCUCAUUUGAAAUCAUUGUCCCACUGACAGCUGGUCUGACAGUCACUGCUACUAUAAUUGCUAUAGUGCUACUUGUGAGUAUUACAUUUGGUGUCGUCUUCUUUAUAAAGAAGUCUAAGAACAAGUCUAAAUGAGAGUCUACCACUCUGAGUUCAGGAAACAUGUACAUUACCACUAGCCCAAAUACCGUGUACAAAGCAUUUGAUAAAGCUACUGCAGAGGACAAUGAUGAUGAUUAUGAUAAAGUGGAUCCUGCUGAAACAGCCGUGACAACUGAAAAUAACGAUCAACAGCUGUACGAAGUGAUUGAUGAGUCAGUCAUCUUCAACAGCAACGAUUCUCAGUAUGACAACUAAAGCUUUGCAGAAAGCUGUCAACUUUUAAUAGCUACUCGAGUUCGUACUUGUAAUAACCUAAAGUGCAGUAGAUGCUAUUUUUGUCCAUGUUUGUGGUGACUCAUUUUUAUUACAUGGCUUAGAAGGUAAUAAUGUCUAAUGCAUAUCAAUAUAGU